AUCAAAGCGCUGCUCAUGCACCGACUGCGCAAUCAUGUCCGCCGUAAGUCCAGGCAGCUGCAGCGCUGGCGAGAAAUGCAAACCCGCAAUGGUUUAUACUUUCCAGCCCAUAAUGCCAAUACUCAGCUGCAGGCUCAGAGCUAUCCCAAUCAAUAUGGCGGCGGCGAUCAACAGCAUUUGGGCAAUGGCUAUUGGUAGCAUCGCUCGUUUGCUGUCUUUUUUGUUGUUUGGGAUUUCACUUGUUGUUUUUAUUUGGAAACAUCUAAAAUGAAACUUUUUGCUUUAUUUUUUUUUAUAAAUGAACAUUAAAUACAUGAAGCUGUCGCUUGCAGUUCAUUUAAAUUGUUAAAUA